AUGCCGGCGAUCGCGCAACCAGCACCUGCCUUUGAGGCAGAGGCCGUCAUGGCAGACGGGACUUUCGGCAAAAUUUCCCUCUCUCAGUUCAAGGGCAAGAAGUACGUGAUUCUUUUCUUCUAUCCUUUCGACUUCACUUUCGUGUGCCCGUCAGAAAUCCUUGCUUUCCAUCGCCUGCAGGGAGAGUUCGAGAAGCGCGGAUGCCAGCUGAUCGGCGCCUCUGUAGACAGCAAAUUUGUCCACAACGCAUGGAGAAACCUUGAGCCCAAGGACGGCGGCAUCGGCAAGAUUUCUUUCCCGCUUCUCGCGGAUGUGUCGCACAAAAUUGCGACAGAUUACGGCGUUCUGCACCCCGAGGGCAUGGCUUUCCGUGGUCUGUUCUUGAUUGACAAGGAAGGCAUCCUUCAGCACUCGCUCGUGAACAACCUCCCCCUUGGCCGCAGCGCUGAAGAGGCUCUCCGCAUGCUGGACGCACUCCAGCACGUUGAGCAAUACGGGGAGGUGUGCCCAGCCAACUGGAAGAAGGGAGACAAGGCAAUGAAGCCUACUGCAGAAGGAGUCAAGGAGUACCUCGGGAGCCACUAA